AUGAAGAACACUCUCAUCCUGCGCAGGAGAUACCGACCAUCCAUUUUCAUCACCAACACCAUGCCCUCCUCAACACGGUUCACCACGGCGGCCCAACACCAGGUGUACGCACGGGACAAUCCCCGCUGGACCGAGGUCGACACCUACAGCAUGGCACACUCGCACCCAGCAUCGCGGCCCAACACGCAGGCCCUCCAAGAGACGCUGGCCGCCUCGGACGCCAGCGCCCUACCCCGAUACGCGCUCUCCGCGCCGCAGGCCAAGUUCCUCGCGCUGCACAUCCGGACCGCAGGGGUAACGCACGCGCUCGAGGUCGGCACCCUCGGCGGGUACGCCGCGAUCUGGAUGGCGAGCGAGAACCCGCAGCUCCACGUUACGAGCGUUGAGUACAACGCACACCACGCGGCGGUGGCGCGGCGUAACAUCGCACAAGCGGGGCUAGCGGCGCGGAUCGAGGUGAUUCAGGGCGCGGCACUGGACGUGCUCCCGCAGCUGCGGGCGGCGGUGCAGAGGGGCGACCGGCCGCGGUUCGGGUUCGUGUUCAUCGACGCGGACAAGGUGCAUAAUUGGGCGUAUUUCCAGGUGGCGAGGGAUAUGGUGCGCCCACAUGCCGUGAUUUGUGUGGAUAAUGUGGUUCGGGACGGGCAGUUGGUGGACGGAGACGAUGUGGAUCCGUCGGUUCGAGGGUCGCGCGAGGUCGUAGAGAAUGUGGGCACGAUGCCCGGAGUAGAUGCGGUGGUGUUGCAGACGGUGGGCGAGAAGGGGUAUGAUGGGUGGUUGUGGGCAGUGGUCCACGCAUAA